AUGACAUCUGCUCAGCAGUGGCUUCUGGUCGGUUUGGCACUUCUGUGUGUUUCUGGAUCAGCUGAAUCUAAAAGGGUUUUCAAAUGUCCUUCAGGAUGCUCCUGCACCAAGGAGACCAUCAUCUGCGUCGGCACUUUACAGAUCCCCAGGACUAUACCCAGUGAGAUCAACUCACUGAGCAUGGUAAAUGGAUCUAUCUCGGAAAUUACAGAGGGAAUGUUUUCACUUAUGCCUUCUCUUCAGCUGCUACUUCUAAAUGCAAAUUCUUUGACAACAAUCAAGGAUGAUGCUUUCUCUGGCCUUCCACAUCUGGAAUAUCUAUUCAUUGAAGGGAACAAGAUUGAAACGAUCACCAAAAAUGCCUUACGAGGUCUGCGAGAUUUGACUCAUCUAUCGCUUGCCAACAACAAGAUGAGGUUUCUGCCAAGAGAUCUCUUUUUUGACUUGGAUUCAUUGCUGGAACUGGAUCUGCGAGGCAACUCUUUCCAGUGCAUUUGUGAGAACAAGUGGCUGAUGAUGUGGCUGAAAAACACAAACGCCACAGUAUCAGAUGUCUUCUGCGCAGGCCCCAGUGACAUGAAGGGCAAGCGGCUCAACGACCUUCCUAUUCCCCCGGGCGAGUGCAUCUCCACAGACUUUGUGCGUCAUCAGUCCAUUCCCAUUCAGUCCAUGUCAGCGGACAUCUUCUCCUUCAAAGAGGACAUCUACGUGGCGAUGGCUGCCCCCAACUCCAACAGCUGUGUGGUGAUGGAGUGGGAUCACAUUGAAAUGAAUUUCAGGAAAUUUGACAAUAUAACAGGGAAGUCUGUUGUCGGAUGCAAGUCGGUUCUGAUCGACGACCAUGUCUUGAUAAUUGUUACACAGCUCUUUGGUGGCUCCCACAUUUACAAGUUUGAUGAUCGGCAAAACAAGUUCACAAAGUUUCAAACUAUUGAGGUCUUCAACAUCUCGAAGCCAAAUGACAUUGAGGUCUUCAAAAUGGACGGUGAGUGGUACUUUGUGAUUGUGGACAGCUCCAAGGCAGGUUUGUCUACUCUGUACAAGUGGAUGGACAAACCAGACCGCAAUGAAACCGGUUUCUACUCCUACCAGUUCCUCCACGAGUGGUUUCGUGAUACAGAUGCUGAGUUUGUCGAGUCGGACGGGAAGUCCUACCUCAUUUUGACCAGUCGCUCUCAGUCACCCGUCAUCUACCUGUGGAACAAGAGCACCCUGAAGUUCAUAUUUCACAGUGAAAUCCCAAACGUCGACGACGUGGUGGCGGUCAAAGCUUUCCGGGUGGAGGAUGAGUUGUAUCUGGCAAUGACUUGCUACAUCGGCGACUCCAAAAUCCUCAAGUGGACCAACAAGCAGUUCACUGAGGUGCAGGCCCUGCCUUCUCGAGGAGCGAUGAUCCUCCAGCCUUUCAUCUUCACAGACAAGCACUACCUAGCUCUCGGCAGCGAUUAUUCUUUCACACAAAUCUACCUCUGGGACACGGAGAGCAAAACCUUCCACAAGUUCAAGGACAUUUACGUGCAGUCGCCCCGAUCCUUCAUAGCAGUGACCACCGACCGAAGGAAUUUCAUCUUCUCUUCCAGCUUCAAGGGCAAAACGAUGGUUUUUGAGAAUAUAAUGGUAGAUUUAAGCUUAUAGAGCCGAGCAAUUUAAUGACUAAUCACAGUGUGAGUCAUUCAGAUCAAUAUUUGCGUGUAUGCUACAAAGGAGUCUCAAAUGCUGUAUAUCUUUCUUAUGCAAUUAGAUAUAUCGUUCUUGGUUUGAGACAAACAUCUUUGGCAAGUUUCUGCAGCUCAUAUGCAUUUUUUGCAAUUAUGGAGGUAUGAUAUGGUAUGAUAAGUCCCAAGAAGUUAACUUGAUAAAUGAAGGCUGACAGAAAUAUUUUAAAAAUGGCAACCUUUGAAAUGAAAACAGCAUGAAGAUAAUGGCAUACUAGAUAUUAUCUUAAGAGGUGUUAUCGUAAUUCUGUCAAGCAAACGAUGGAAAAGUCAAAGGGUGUCCAUUCUGGCCACGGCUAGUAAGAACUAGUAGUAAGAAACCUACCCAUUCAGGGUUAUAUAAAAUAUAAAGACCAUUAUGAUUCCUUAUGGUGCACCGGUAAAGUUGGUGCUCAUGUAAAAGAGAGAAAUCUGAGAUAGUUAGUAUUUGGCUUGUGGCUCUGAGUCUGCACCACUCCACACAGAACAAAACACUGAUUUCUGGGCCACCACAAAGUGAACAGUCAAGGUGUCAGUAUGCUCGAAAAGCUGUUUACAGCGGCCACACUUAGAGGCAGGGUGAAAAGCGUGCUUUCGUAGAGAGGUGCAAGAUGCCAUGACUGUCACACACUUUCAGACAGUAUCUCCUGGAGGGUAUUCAUGGUGUUGCACUCGGUUGUACACACAAAAAGUAACAGAACUAAUUGUGUUUGAAAUGAAAAAGAGAGCUCAAACCCGCCUUACUUUGUCACUUCCUUUUGGAAAAUUACAGAAAUUGUUGGAUGUUUCUAAAAAAAAAUGUAGAAGUUGGAAAGGUGUGUGUGUGUGGGGGAGUUUAGAGCACCCUAAAAUGCUCUAAACUCUUCGGGUGAAGUGAUUAGUUUGAGACUGGAACAAGUCAGUAAAAGUUUUGAAGCCAUCUCAACUGUCAUGACUAAUGAUUUAAACGUGCAUGAAACAGAGAUUUUCUCCAAAAAUACAGCUGAAUGUAUAUUAUGAGCUUAAGCCUAACUGCACCGCAUUUAUAACACGCUGCUGUAUUAACAGAGUGCCUGAUUAGUGUCAAAACUAAACCUAAUUUACUCCUGAUUCCUAUGCAAAAUGUAUAAUACUGAUUGUUGCUCUGAAUUACAAUCACGAGGUUAACUGUGUGACUUGAAAUUACAUUUACAUGGUCUUAAUACACAACUGUGUGCUCUUUUCUUUACUGAUCUUUUUAUAUUUUUCAUGUAUUGUACAGAUUUAAUUACAGUCCGUUUGGCUUGGAAUAUAAAUCUUUUUCACACACAUAAAAAAUGGCAUGAUGUGCCGUGGUCUUUAUAGAUGGUCAAAUAUCUUAAAGUCACAAAAUGCUAACGAGAUCUAGCAUAAGCAAUAUGUUUUUGUUAGCAUUUCUGAUUUCUUGGGAAAAAAAACAAAACAACCUUCUAUCUAUCUUCAUGUCCUACCUACAGUAGCAAUGAGGUAUAUUUAUAUUUACUACGCUACACCGACAGCCUUCAGUCUUAUGUAAGAAUGAGUUUGUGUAAAUGCAUUAAAGAACAUUUAACCACA